UCUUAAACUUCAUUGUAACUUAACCUUUUAUAAGGUGAUGGAAAACAGCAAUUUUAAGAUAACAACUGAUGAUGAGAUUGAAGUUGCACUUUCUGCACAAUAUCGUCUAAAUCUUCCCAUUAAAGUUGAUGAAACUAAGCUUGACAAAACCCUUUUGACAAGGUAUUUUGAGAAGAACCCUCAUCAAAACCUUCCGAAUUUUGCAGAUAAGUACAUAAUAUUUCGCCGUGGAUUUGGAAUUGAUCAAAGGAGUGGUUACUUUAUCAUUCCAAAAAUAAAUAUGAUCAUUGCGCGUAUAUGGAGAUGCUUCCUGACAGUGCUUGGACUAAAAGGGUGUUUCUGUGGGAAUUCAAGUAGAGUUUCUAGUAAAGUUAUGACAAAACCUGUCGAAUUUCGCAUCGACUCUGACCUGACACAGGACAGCUUAUAUGUUGAACGGAUUCGUAUUGAUAACAUGAAACUCAGUAUUUCUAAUCUGCUUGGCAAGAUCACAAUCCAAGAGCCAACAUUUCAACGAAUAAUUGUUAUUUACAGGAGAGCAAGUGACAAAAAAGAAACAGAGAGAAAUAUAUAUGUGAAGCACUUCGAAAACAUUCCAAUGGCUGAUAUGGAAAUAGUACUCCCAGAGAAGAUAAACCCAGGGUUAACGCCAAUGGACUGGGUCAAAUUUCUGGUUUCAGCUAUUAUAGGGCUGGUAACUCUGAUUAGUUCUAUUAGUAUCCCCAAAGCUGAUAUUUGGGUCAUUUAUGGCAUCUUGACAGCAGUGAUCGGUUACUGUGUUUCAACAUAUUUUUCUUAUACUGAGAACUUGGUAGCAUAUCAGAGUUUAAUUACACAGUCUGUGUAUGACAAACAACUGGACAGUGGAAGGGGUACUCUUUUACACUUGUGCGAUGAGGUGAUUCAACAGGAAGUAAAAGAGGUGAUCAUUGCAUACUUUAUACUGAUGAUGAAGGGAAAAGCAACUAGAAAGAAUCUUGACCUGCAUUGUGAGGAACUAAUCAAGGAGAAAUUUAGUGAAAGCUGUGACUUCGAUGUGGACGAUGCAAUUCAAAAGUUAGAGAAGUUAGGGAUUGUUUCACAGGAUAGUAGUGGAAAUUGUACAUGUGUAGAUGUGAAGACUGCCAAUGAGAUAAUUGGGACUACAACAGAGGAAGUAGUUCUCAGGGCUAAACAAGGUGAAACUGAAACUAAAACCACUAUAUUCUAAACUUCAGAUGAAUCUGUUUAUCAAGACAAGAAAUAUUUUGUUCAUGUGCAGAGGUACCACACAAAAUAAUAUUGCAUUGUAUUAGUCUGAGAUUGUAUUAUAUUAUAUAAAUAUAU